UUUUCGUUUAUUAUUUGAUCGACCAACGCCGGAAAAAAAUGUGACUCGAAUGGCAUGGCGUUUUGAGUUUUUCCUCAAUUUUGUGACUCGAUUGGAAAAUCUAAAGAAUGUAUCAAAGCAUAUUUUUCAAAAACACAAUUUCUUCCACAAAUCAUUUUAUGCCAUGGCUUGAGGCAAACACACGUCAUCUGAAUAAAAAUGCAUUUCUUUGUUCUUCUUGCAGAAAGAAAAGCCGCCCCAAACUUGGACAGUUGUGUCUGAAAGGAUGUCAAACCCUGCUUCUAAAUUCGUUCUGGGCCAUUUCAAUGUGAAACUAAGCUCCAAGCAGUGUAAUUUUGAUUAAAUCGUCAUGGUGCAAUUUUGGCGCGUUUGGGUCAUUUUUGGCGCGUUUUUCCCCACCCAUCUGGCAGCACUGACCAGCUGACGGUCGACUUUCCAAAACUUGAACUGAUUCAAAACAAGACCGAAGUCGAUUUUCCCGGCCAGAGAUUUCCGGAUUGCCUCCACGAGGACUCUCCAUCCCACAUCGAGAGAAAAGGGGAAAGGGAGGGGGGGUCUUGGCCCGUGAAUCCAUUGGGGAUGGGCGAGUGGCGGGUCCAAUAUGAUCCGGCCAUGUGUCCGCCAGCCGAGACUCAAUUACGAACUCAGCACGAGAUGGUGCAUUUCCUGGAACGCGAUCCUCUGUGUGCCACAGAGUUGAGACUGGUGAAAAGUUUUUCCCGCUCGGCGGCCGGACAGAAGCAAAAUGAUCCCCGGAAUCUGCGCUCACCCGGCGUUUGCUUGAACGCCACCCAAUAUCUCAUUCAAGAUCUUUGGCCUAGAAUCCUGUACAACCAUGUCAGUCCGUUUGACAAGGUGCGAUACCAUUUCAUCUUUGAUCGUCUUCGGGCCAUUCGCCAGGAUUUGGUCGUCCAGAGCGUCCGAUCUCCUAUCCUCUUGGCCGUGCUGGAGAUCUGCGUUCGGUUCCACCUCCUGGCGUCCCAUCAAUUGUGUCACCUGGACCCGGGAGAUUUCGACCAUCAUAUCAACUUCAGCCAUUGUCUGGGUUGCCUCCAAGAUGUCUUGGUGUUGCAAGAGGAAUUAGCCAUUGAUCACCCCAAUCGGGCCGAGAUGACCGCGUUAUUUAUCUUGGCCAACCCGGGAUCGCCCGACGCUCUGGAUUGGGCUGUCCGAUUACCCGCAUCCAUUAGGAAAUUGGAGAUUGUCCAUCGAUCCUUGCGAUUGGCUGGCCAACUUGAGCAGGGCAACUGGGUGGGAGCCCUGAAACUCAUGCGCACACUGCCCAUUCUUCAUCAAUUGGCCGUGUUUCAGCAGUGGCACAAAAUUGUCAGACAUGGAUUGGACGUGAUAAAUCAAGGUUUUGGAAGCAAGACGUGCCGUUUCCCAAUUGCCACUUUGAAUGGGUGGCUCAACUUGGAUCCGGGGCCUCCAUCCACCUUGAUUCAAAUUCUACUUCAUCUUGGGAUCCCCUUGGAUGAAUCCCGAGGAUAUGUCCAUUUUCGAAAGCAGACCAGUAUUUCUUCUGAGAAGACGAUCCGAUUGAAACCUCUCCCCAUGAUAUCAAAUAACCUGAAGUCCAUCAAUUUGAAAUCGUUCAUUUUACAACGUAGUGCAGUCAUGUAGCCAAACCUGUUUUACAUGCAUCGGAUAAUGCAAUGGAAUGAAAAGACCAGCUUA